AUGAGCAGUCUUAAUAGUGUGCUGCACCAGAUUAACGAGUCGUUAGUGUCAACGAGCGAAUCACUGGAAAGUUUGAAAAGGCAAUACGAACGACCAGUUUCCGAAAAUUCUGGUGUCAAAGGCCGAGUUAUACAAGAUCUGUUGAAAGUAGGAGACGAUGUGGACAAAGUUUCCCUACUUUCGCUGAAAAACGAAAGUUUAAUGGCAUAUGUGAACAGUCUUGUCCAAGUGGUUGGUGAAAAACUGAGUCGGCAAGAUAUGACGUCUUCGCGCGGACGAACCUCAAGCGUGGAACACCGUGUGGUGUUGGAACGCGGAGUGCGUCCUUUGGAGAAGCAAUUAUCGUACCAGCUGGACAAACUGACUCGUGCAUAUACAAGAAUGGAAACCGAAUACGCAACAGCGGAAAAACGAGCAAUCGAAAAACAGGAGCGGAAAUUGCAAAAUGGCGGUGAUGACGACCAGGGGGAUGACAUUAGUGAGGAGGAAGACUCUGAGGAUGAAGCUUUGUCGUUCAGACCUAACGCCGGAGCAUUAGUAGAAAAACCCACAUCUGCAUCAGCACGUAGUAACAGAAAGCCCACCGAGGUCAAGGAGCACAAUGAGGAACAAGAAGAUGAUGAAGGAUCCUCCGCCACUUACAAACCACCCAAGAUCAGUGCGAUGUUACCUCCACGCCAGCGCCAUUUCGAGGACAAGUUUGAUGCUCAAGAGCACAAAGAUCGUAGCGGGAAAUCUCGCAUGCAAGCCAUGGACGAAUACGUGCGUGAAAUGUCUGAGCAACCUGAAUGGGAAGCUUCUGUCGGUACAAACAUUCUGAAUCAUGGUAAGGGCGGAAUCAAAUCCUCUCGCGAUGCCGAAAAGGAGCAGCGUGUGAAAACAUACGAAGAAGAGAAUUUCACUCGUCUCAAUAAUAAGGGCAACAAAGUCGAAAGACGUAAAGCCAAGCAGCGUGAGAGAGCCGCAAGAGUUAACAUGGUUGGUGGUGAAGAUUUCAGUAUUUUCAACUCCAAACGUAAGCUCGAAGAUAGCACUUCUCGACAAGCUACGAAAAAGCCCCGCGGAGCGUGGGAUAGGGCUAAGAGGAAGCUUUAA